AUGAAGUUCACCUCUACGAUCAUCGGGCUGUCAGCUCUUCUCGCUGUCGAUGCCGCUUCCAUCGAGAAGCGCCAAUCUACCGAGUGCGCCGGUGCUUCGAAGUCCAUGGCGGCUUACGAUCGUCCCUUUGUAUACCCUCUCUUUGAAGCGUGCAAGAACGAGCUCGGCAACUCCGUCGCUGCCAAGGAGAACCCAUGGGUGAACAAACACUGCGUCGCUGCAGCCGUCCUCGCGGAUAUCCCUACGUUCCACGACGGCCUUACUUGUGAAGUCAACACCUCCUCGUCUGUCGAGCUCACGGACAUCUCGACGUGGCCAAGUCUCGACUACAACGUCUAUGCCUCCAUCGUUGGCGACUGUGCUUGGGCUGAGGGCGGGUGUCCUGUCACCCAACAGAACUUCAUCGAUCUCGUCUACAGUGCUAUCUCGGAGACCGGUGGCCCAUACCCUGACGUUGAUACACUUGUCAGCUACUACAUCCAGCCUGUCUUCAACUGGACUGCCUUCGACCUCUCUGCCGGUGUGCCUUACACCAACUUCAACGACUGGCUUCACUACUCACCGGAGGUGAACAAUUGCUACCAGACGACCCAGUGCCCUUGGGCCUGGAUUCAGGUCUGA